AUCGACUGCGGUCAACCUCAUUCUUGAUGAGCGGUGGCACUUGAACAUUUCAUAUAGCAGCCAUAAAAUAAUUUGGUUUCAGUGUUGGGUAGCUGUACAGCCAUCGUACACCAAAAGGAUACCGUCAAAAUGAGGUUACUGUUGGGGUUUGUUGCCCUGUCGUUAUGUGUUUACCACGCCGACGCUACGACAGGUGCCACUAUCUUGACCAGUCCUGAGUCUGUGGUCAACCAGACCAGUGCCACCCUGUCCUGCAACAUCACCAACCCACCCUCUCCAAUCAAGGGCAACCACUGGAUGAAGGAUGGCACUGUGAUCACGAAGACCAGGUCGGAAUCCGCUGGCAGCACCACGCAGUUCACCAUCGAAACCAUUGGGAACACUGAUGGAGGUGUGUACACCUGCGUCUUUGAGACGGACCCCAUUUCCCAGAGCACCAUUGAAGUGAAGACUGUUCCCCAUGUGAAGGCCUACAAGGACUCCGAGCAUGGCAAUGAGAAUGAUAAAGGAGUGAUGGCCUGUGUCAGCCAUAGCUACCCCCCACCUACUGACUGGAUGUGGUACAUGGUCAAGGAAGAUGGUAGCAACAUGGCAAUCGCCAAUGGAACCGACCGGUAUGAGAUCAAGAGCCAGCCCAACAAGACCUAUCUGUACAUCUCCACACUGAACAUGGAGACCGACAUGGGCGACUACAUUUGCCAGGGCCAGAACGAGCUGGGCGUGGCCUCGGCCAAGAUCCACCUGCGCGUGCGUAGCCGCCUGGCUGCCCUGUGGCCCUUCUUGGGCAUCGUGGCUGAGGUCAUCGUCCUCGUCGCCAUCAUCUUCAUCUACGAGAAGAAGAGAAAGCCCGACGAGAUCACCGACGAUGACGACUCAGGAUCUGCACCAUUGAAGACCAAUGCUGACACAAACCACAAGGACAAGAACGUCCGGCAAAGGAACUCCAACUGAGUUGUGUCAGGAAGGUUUCCAUAUGACUACUAUACAAGAGUUCUUACGAGGAGCGUUGAAUUGCUGAGUGGCACACAAUCUAGUGCAUCAUGCAAUUCUAUUUUUUUUUUUUUUUUUUUUUUAUGACCUUUUUUUAUUUUCUUUUUUUUCCCCCUUUGUUGGCUUGAGUGUACAUGUGUGUAGGGAUAAUGAUUUGGUUUCCUCUUGCUCUUUGUAAAGAAGCAAAACUAUAUAUAUAUAUAUAAAUAUAUAUACAAAUGUAUCUAUCUAUGUGUAUUACUCCGACCUGUUGUGCUGCCAGCAAACUAGUAUGGAGGCUUCAGAUGGAUGUUUGCAUGUUUUUGCAGUAAUCAAUGUGUGUUAGUGACAACCAUUUGUGAAUGUGGGAAUGAUGACGUUGUUUGUUCUUUUUGUUUUUCUUCCUGCACUGUCCCUUCAGGAUAUUUUUUUUUUGCUUUUUAUCUGUGAUUUUUAUAAAGUGAGGAAAGUCUCGCUGAAGUCUGGGAUGAGAGUAUCUCCUGACCUUAAUGCAUCAACACACUAACACACCCUACUGUGUUUGAGGUAGAGACCAGAGGCCUCUGGUUGUUGUUUUGAUUCUGUUUCUAAUUUAAGCCUUAAUGCCAGUCCAUUGUUGUUUUAUAUGCUCGGGUUUCCUAGAAGUGUAGUACUGUUGGUGAAACUGUAAUGCAGUAAUCUAAAUGCAAUACCAAGACUGCACAAUUUGGAAUGAUUUUUAUGAAACCACCACCUUUUGCAUUUCCUUCAACCAUGCAUAUUUUAAUUAAAGUGUUUUUAAUCACGUGUACAAAGAUUACUAGGAAAGCUUUUAAAGUAGAGAUUACUUUCCCAUUGUGAGUUACAUCGACAGAAAGCCUUUUUGUGAGGAUUUUCUGUAGAUGUAAGGACCAAGAUCAAGGAAGGACCAAGAAGAAAAGAUGUGCCAUCACUGCUCUGGAUAAGUGAUUUAUGCUGAAGUAAUAUUUUUAAUUACAUUUAAAAGAUUUGUGUACAUGGUGUAUUAAAUUAUUUUGGGAGUCAUUGGUGAACACAAUUGAAACAAAUCCAUUCAGUGAAGGCUGAUCCUUGCUCCUCCCUCAUGUAGACCAUGCAGAAGCCAUACUUUGAGGUAUACCCAUUUAAAAAGUUGUGUGAGUGUGUAUCCCUUUCUAGUUUAAAAGUAUACUAAAUAUUAAAAACCCUUAUUAGAAGUGUGUAAAUUAUUUUGCCUGAAGCAACAUAGCAAGCAGAGUUCUAACACUGUCACCUGUACUGACUUGCACAAUCUCAAUAAAGUUAUUUGAUUUGA